AUGGUGCGUCUUCAAGUGUGGUCAUGGUUGUUACCACUAUUAUUAUUAUAUACUUUGGAAGGAGGAAGUGGUCAAGCAACAGAUGUGGACGUACGGAUAUCGGCGCCUAGUUGGGUGGCUCGCGGGGGAUCGGCUACAUUGCGCUGCCUUCAUCAAGUACCACCACAACUACUAUACAAGGUUGAAUUCUUAAGAGCUGGAUCGAAGCUCCUUCAAUAUGUGAGGGAGAGGAACCCGCCGUAUACCAACUAUACCUUCCCAGGAGGGAGACUUAAUAUGUCUCUUGUUACGGAGAAUUCUAUUACGCUCGAUAAUCUGGACCCGACCGCGUCGGGGCUAUACUGGUGCGAGGUGUCUCUAGAGACUCCGAUAUUUACUGCAGCCUCCCCACCUCAUCAGCUAACUGUAGUGUAUUCACAAAAACAUCCACCUAUCAUAACGUUUGGGAAACCAGACGUGGUCGUGGGGGGGCUCUUACGUGCUAACUGCACAAGUGCACCCGCCGCACCCGCGCCGAGGUUAACUUGGUACAUUGAUAAUGAAAAGGUACCGGAUGAGUCUAUAAGAUAUUUCUCAUAUCGCGUCUCGAGCUCAACUAGGAACAAAGGUGGCGGCUACAGACAUAGGAAGCAUCAGCAUAGAUAUAUAGCGCCAGAGUUCAACUACACUGCCAAAUAUUGGGCAUUGGUGAGCGAAACGACACCACCCCCUGCGAACUUGACCAAGCAAAGUAAAUGUACCCUGAAAGAUGGACAGAGUGAAGAUGUUGCUAAAAUUCGUGAAAGACCAAGAGAACUUUUGCCUCCCCCAAUCUCUCUGUGGGUUUCUAUAGCUGAGCUUCGAACACCGGCGCACGGAAAACUUCUUUUAACUUGCACUGCUACGAUACCAGAUGAAGUGGGCCCAGGGGAGAAAUUUGCUGACAUUAAAAAACAAACAGUUACAGUGGCCGUGAAUGAACUAAGUUUGAAAAGAUCCCGGACAGAAACAUCUUACGCCAAUGCGACUUCAUCUCGCCUACAAAAUUACCACGCAGUCUUGAUUAUCAGUUACGGAUUUUUACUUAAUGAGCUUCGAAAACCUUUAUAUUAU